GUUUAGAUAAUUAUUAAUUUUGCGUGCAUAGUAUAUCUUCGAAAUUAAUUAACAACAAACCUCUUGAAAAAACAUAUGUGUAUGUAAAUAUAAUAAACAUAACCUCGUUUUCGUACUUGUCAGACACGUCAGUUAUAACAGAGAGUUAUAAUGAUUUAAAAUUAUUACUUCCGUGUGCGGAAUUACUGAAAAUAUUGUUUGAAUAAAUAAAUACAUAUCAUUACUAAAAUGGCAGAUGUUCAGGUGGAUGUUUCUGGUGAAAUGGAUGCUACCAUACCUGCGGAAGUGCUGAGAAAAAAUCAGUUCUUAGGAUUUUUGCCAAGACAAAUACCUGACCCUAAAGAAUGGAUAAGUAGACAGAAACAGAAUGUAAGACCGUGGUCAAUAUUUUUAAGUACUUCCAAUUUUAAGAGUUUCCCUUCAGUCCCCAGACUAAGUAAGAGAAUUCUGCGAAAUAUCGAAUAUUUUCAGAGCAAUUACGUUUUUGUUUUCCUGGGACUGAUUGUAUAUUGCUUAAUAACGUCACCGUUUCUACUUGUUGCUGUCAUUGUAAAUCUUUAUACUGGUUAUAAACUAUCCCAGAGACAUACAGAAAAAAAAUUGGUAAUUUGUGGCAAAGAAUUAACAUUAGGCCACCAAUAUGGACUACUAGUUUUGGUAUUUUUGCCAAUUUUCUAUUUAGUGGGGGCAGGUGCUGCAAUGUUCUGGGUCUUAGGAGCUUCUUUUUCGCUUAUAAUGUUACAUGCUGCAUUUUAUAACAUUGAGGCAUUGGUAACAGAAGAUGAAGGGGAAUUUCCACUCUUACAGGAGGUCUAAUUAUGUUUUUGUAUAUAAUAAACAGCAUUGGGGAUAAUUAUUAUUUAAUUAAUUAUGUACAUAUUUAUAGAUUUGUAAUAAACCUAUUUUAUAAGUG